CUUUGCCACCACUGAAACUAGGGCAUUCAGUCUGUGCCAUGAAAGCAGAUGAAGGUCCAUGCAAAGCAAUCCACAUGCGCUAUUACUUCAAUAUUCAAAGCCGUGAAUGUGAAAUAUUUGAAUAUGGUGGAUGCCAUGGCAAUGAGAACAACUUUCUAACACUGGAAGAAUGUCAGAAGAAGUGUGUGGUAACAGAAUUGCCUCAGAAGAUGAUGUUAGCAAAAAUUAAGAAAGAAAAGCCUAAUUUCUGCUUUCAUGAGAAAGACCCUGGAAUCUGCCGAGGCUAUUUUUCCAGAUAUUUCUAUAACAAAGAGACGAAGAUAUGUGAAAUAUUCAAGUACGGUGGGUGCCUAGGAAACCAGAACAACUUCAAGAAUUUGGAAGAAUGCCAGACUACCUGCCAAGACAACUCAAAUUUCUUGCCAUUUGUUCCAGCUGAAGAUCAUCCUAACAAUGGGAACAGUAGUUCCCCAGAAGAAGACCCUGGUCAAUUUCCUGGGAUUUUUGAACCACCCCCUAUCCCUUCUUUGUGCAUGACCCCUAUGGACAGAGGACUUUGUAGAGCCAAGGAGUUAAGAUUUUUCUACAACUAUUCAACUGGAAGAUGUCACCCAUUUCGCUACAGUGGCUGUGGUGGGAAUGAAAAUAAUUUCACCUCCAGGAAGUCAUGUUUGAAGAUUUGCAAGAAAGGAUUCAAUAAAAAAAAAGGUGAAAGAAGAUUAAUAAAAAUCAAGAAGAAAAGAAAGAAACAGUCACUAAAGGCUCUGGGCAAGGAAAUCAUCCCUGAAAGAAUGCAACUUUGAUUUUUACGGAAGUGUGAAGCAAACUACUAUUCACCUGUGAAUGAAAGCCUUUAAUGUACACCAUUUAAAUCUAUUUACUGUACUGAUUAUUUUGAUUAGAUAUUAUUAAGCUGCUUGUAUUUUUAUUAUGUAUUCCUCAUUCAUGUUAAUAAACACUACCUUUCACUUUG